AUGGAGAACAGAAUUGAUAAUCUUGAUAGAAUAUCGGCAUUGCCGGAUUCAAUAUUGCACCGUAUUUUGUCAUUCCUGUCGCUGAAACAAGCUGUUCGAACUAGUGUAUUGUCUAAAAGUUGGAAAGAAACAUGGCAUACAUGUCCCAUUUUAGUACUUGGUGAUUUUGCAAGGGCAAAAGAGGAGUUGAAGUUUAUAGAACAAACUUUGCUAAACCGUCACAUGGAGAUGAUAAGUUUAAGGAAGCUCGUGAUUAGCUUGUCUUGUUUUUGGAAUGAUCCAGAAUUUGCAGCAUUGGUAGAUCGGUGUGUUUGCUUUGCAAUUGGAAGUAAUGUCAAAGAGCUUAAACUUCAAUUUCCAUUUUGCUGGGGACGAUACAAUUUGCCUCAAAUUGUUUUUUGUGCAAAAUCAAUUGAUGUGUUAGAGUUGUAUCACUGUAAUCUGUCCCGUCCAAGAAUUGGUGUGCAGUUGUCUUUGAGAAAAUUGUGUCUGGUGGGUGUUUAUGUAGAUGAUCAAAUGAUUGAGAAUCUCUUUGCUAGGUGCCCACUGAUUGAGUAUCUGACAAUUGAAUCAUCUAAAGGCUUUAAAAGCCUAGAGCUAUUUAGUCUUAGCGAACUCCAUGAAGUCGAGAUAAGUAACAAUGGUGAACUCGAAAAGGUGGAGAUCAAUGCAUUGAAUGUUCAUUCAGUGACUAUUACUGAUAUGGAAACAUGUGUGAUCAAUAUAGCCUGUUGUAAGAAUCUGAAAUGCUUACUAUUAUCAGAGCUUUCAAUAACGGAUGAUUGGUUAUGUAAUGUAAUUUCAGAUUUUUCACUCCUCCAGUUCUUAAGCAUAGCUUAUUGUCGUAAGUUAAGGAGUAUCAAAAUUUCAAGUCCUAGUCUUAAGGAAUUGGUCAUAAUUGGAUCUGAUUUGGUUGAAGUAAAGCUUGAGACUCCUAAUUUAAGUAUAUUCAGAUUUAGGGGUCUUCCAAUAUCCUUUACUUCAAAUGCUAUGGCUUUGUCAGAAACUGAUCUCUACAUCUCUGGUAAUACGGAUAUUCAGGACUUAGUUAAGUAUACCAAACUUCUUGCAAACGUUAAUCAGUGUUCUGAAGUGCUGAAUUUGCAUCUUCGCACGGGUGCAGUACGUCUAUAUUUACUAAUCUCUCUCUCUCUUUUUUAA